GAAAACCAAGCUUGGAAAUUUUAGAGCUUCACCGAUGGCCAGAAACCAGCCCUUGAAGUUAGCCAUCCUUUUCUUGUAUUCCUUUUUUGCCCUCCAAGUUUUCAGUAUUUCCAUUUAUGCCCUCAACGUCGGCAUUCAAAGCUCUGAUUCAGAUGUAUCUGUGAGUAAGGAAUGCAGUAGGAAAUGCGAAUCCGAGUUCUGUUCAGUGCCUCCAUUUCUGAGGUAUGGGAAGUACUGUGGACUUCUAUACAGCGGCUGCCCGGGUGAAAAGCCUUGCGACGGACUCGACGCUUGUUGCCUGACCCAUGAUGCAUGCGUUCAAGCCAAGAACAAAAUCACUGCUAGUCCGAUGACUGUCGUCUCCUCCCACCCGUCAUCAACACAGCAAUCAUCAUCUGCCAUACCACCGAGAUCUGCAACAGUUGAAAAUCAUCCCAAAACUCCAGAUCUGCUCUAAAACCAUCUGUUUGUUUGUGUAUAAUCCAACAUUGUCUGAUGUCUGCUCACCAUCAGCGUCAUGUAUAUCUAUUAAUAUGAUUUUCUAUAAAUCUCCUACCUUUUAUAUAUAUACCAAUCAUCCUCAAUUUAAUAAAUAUUUACAAUAUGGUCUCUCGUGCGUAACACUCAAAUCUCAGGGUGGGGCCCACUUGAUGAAUUGACUGGAUUUUGCACGUGCAUGCUCAUUUUAGUUUAGUAAGCCAAUAUACGUGUGCUAUUUUUGGGUGUGG